AUGUUCAUGUACAGCUUGCGUCGCGUGGCGCUGUCCGCCGCGUCUGGGGGGGUCUGCCAGCAUCAUCGUCUUGCCUGGGCAUGCGCCGCCCAGCUGCAGACGCAGACGACAGCCCCCCGCAGCAGCAGCAGCCGGCGCCGCUUUGCCACGUCCCGGGUGCUGGCCAAGGGGGUAUCGGACCCUUUGAAGAUUUUGUUUUGCGGCUCCGACCCUUUUAGCUGCGCGUCGCUCCAGGCGCUGCAUGAAGAGCAGUUGGCGAACAAGGGGCUGGUGGAGGAUAUUGAGGUCAUGGUGGUGCCGGGAAAAAAGGUUGGCCGAGGCCUCACGGAAACCGCACGAGUGCCCUGCAAAGAGCUCGCUGAACAGCUCGGGCUCAAGAUCCACGAGAGACCGUCGUUUGAGGAUUGGACGCUGCCUACAGGUAUCAACUUGGUCGUUGCCGUAUCAUUCGGGCUCUUUGUGCCCCCAAGGAUCCUGUCGUCCGCCAAGUAUGGCGGCUUGAAUAUUCAUCCUUCUCUGCUUCCUCACCUACGCGGCCCGGCGCCAAUCCACCGGGCCUUUCUCCGCGGAGACACCUUUACCGGCAUCUCGCUGCAGACGCUCUCCCCCAAGUCCUUUGACCGCGGCACCAUUCUCGCGCAGACGCCAGCGCCCGGCAUUCCCCUAGACCAGACUCAGCCCUUUCACGCCCUCAAGCGCGACUUGGCGGCGCGCGGCGCGACGAUGCUCGUCGAGGGCCUGCGCGCCGGCUUGCACGUCCCGCCGCACGACGACGCCGGCUGGUGGGCGGCGGCGCACGCGCAGGACGGCGACAACAACAACAAUGAGGCGGCUCUCGAGUACGCUCCCAAGACGAGCAAGGCAGACCUGGAGGUGGACUGGAAGGCGUGGACCGCAGACGAUUUGAUGCGGCACAUGAACGUGUUCAACACGGUGUGGACGCGCGCCGUGGUUCAGGGCGCGGGUAAGCGCGCCGGCGCGGUGCGCAGGGUCUUGUUCACGAGGGCCAGGGUGGCGAGCGCGGACGAGGCGGCUGGCUUUAAAAGAGAGCAGCUGGCCGUGUUUGUCAACUCGAGUGACAUGCGGUACGAGAUGCUGGUCAAGCUGGACGGGGCGACUGACAACUGCUAUUUCCCGCUCGCUGACGGCAGGUGGAUCUGCGUUAGCAAUGCGAAAAUGGAAGGCACCAAUGGGAGGGGAGCUAUGAGUGCGUUGAGAAAGAUCUUUCGGGCCCCCGACCAGCCAUUCUGA